AUGGCGCCGGCGGGGCCGCGGCUGGUUCUAUGCGAGGAGAGGAUUCGAGAGAAGAGCGGCUUGGCUGCGCACCGCGACCUGGCUGAACUUCGAUCCUUAUCUAUUCCUGGAACUUACCAAGAAAAGAUUACGCACCUAGGAAAUUCUUUGAUGCAUUUAACCAGUCUAAAAUUUUUAGAUCUCUCACGCAACUCAUUGGUUAGUCUAGAGGGCAUUCAGUAUCUGACUGCAUUGGAAAAACUCAACCUCUACUACAACUGUAUUUCCUCAUUAGCAGAAGUGUUUCGGCUCCACUCUUUGUUGGAGCUCACAGAGGUGGACUUCCGGCUGAACCCCAUUGUAAAGAACGAGUCUGAUUAUCGCCUUUUUGUUGUGCACAUGCUCCCAAACCUCAGACAGCUCGAUGAUCGCCCUGUGAGAGAGAAUGAGCGAAAAGCAUCCCAGCUGCACUUCACUUCAGAGGAAUCACUUGACUCAAAGCAUAGUUUCCCAGCUGCUUUGAAAGGUGGAAGACCUCACCACGGCAGAGCCAAAUGCGCCGACUCGUUGUCUAAGUGCCCAGUCCUGGAUGCUGACGACGAGGCUGUCCUGAACCUCAUCGCAGAGUGUGAGUGGGACCUGAGCAACCCUCCUGGGAGCACAGGUUCCAGCCAGAGGGAGCGAGAGACGGACGUCCCCAGCUCACAAGGUACUCCUGAGUCACGUCACCUUCUCAGCGAAGAGUCCACAGACAUGGAUGACUCGGUCACGUCUUCUCAGAAGUCCAGCGUGUCGACACAAAGGGUGGUCCAUCCUUUGCCUGUUUCUGAAAAGUACAGGAAGCGAAGGAUGCCUGGUGGGAGGGUCCACGUGCCUCUGGAUCAGGAGUGCCCAGGCUACCUGGCGGGGGCCGGUGGGCCCCCAAGCUCUGAGGAGAGCCUUGCCAUGCUGGACAGCUCAGAGAACACCAACACGAGGACAUGCACGCACCCCAAAAUCAAGGCGCCCGAGGCUGAGAAGCUGCAGCCCCAUGGUGCAAAUAUUCCCAGAGAGGUGAGCUGCGGGGCCGAGGUGUCAGGAACCGUGGUGUGUGGUCACGUGGCAGCCCCCCCUGGGAGGACAGCAGCCCUGGAGGCAGAGCUCCUGGAAGCCCUCCUGGACCUGGUGGACAGGCACUGGGGAGGCCGCAGGUCCCUGCAUGGCAACGAAGCAUUCCUGGCUCAGGCGAGACACAUUUUGUCAUCUGUUCAAGCACUCACAGCGGCUCAGGACAAGGCAGUGCCCGAGAGUGAGGAGAUUAGCUACCUGUCCCUGGAGAUCGAGUCUCUGCACGGCCACCUGGCCGAGCAGCAGCAGCAGCACAGCGCCCAGAUGAGCGAGCUGCGGCUGGAGCUGGAGGCUGCGCGGAGGGAGACGGAUGACUUGAAGCAACACUUAGACAAGUCUCUGGAGGAGAACAGCAGCUUGAAAUCUCUUCUGUUCAGUAUGAAAAACGAAGCAAAAAGCGCAGACAGUGUCGCAACAUUGAACGUGCAGAUUGCCGGACUUCAGAGCAGUGUGAAGAGCCUGUCUGGUGAGAUUAUGGAGCUGAAGCAGCACCUGGAGCACUACGACAAGAUCCAGGAGCUCACCCACAUGCUGCAGGAGAGCCACAGCUCCCUGGUCAGCACCAACGAGCACCUGCUGCAGGAGCUGGGCCACACGCGGGUGCUGCAUCGAGCCGAGGUGGAGCAGCUGCACUGGAGCUACCAGGAGCUCAAGAAGACCAUGGCCCUGUUCCCGCACCACGGCGGGGGCCGCGGGGGCUGCUAG